AAUUAUAAAUUGUUUUUGCACUUUUUCAGGAUGACCUCACACCAUUUUUACUCGCUGUAGCUGAAAACAAACAGCAAAUAGUAGAGAUUUUAAUGGAAAGAGGAGCCAAUAUACAUGCAAUUGAUAGAUGGAAGAGAACAGCCCUCAUGCUUGCUGUAACUUAUGAAUCUACAGAUAUAGUCAAGCUUCUUCUUCAGAAAGGUAUUAAUAUCUUUUUUGAAGAUGAAUGUGGAUGGACUGCAGAAGAAUAUGCUACUGUUAGUGGUUUUAAUGUCAGUCGCCAGCUAAUUGCCGAACAUAGAGAAGCAAUAAGACCUAAAAAUUGUUCACAAAAUAGCAACCCAGAGGUGGAUAAGAGUUCUGAAGACACAUCAAGCAGACUUUCUGUUUACUGUGGUGCCGAUGAUUCAUGGCCUACAUCAGAUGAUGACGACUUUAAUAUCAAGAAUGUCCCCAAACCAAGCUUAAGAAAGCUAAUGGCUGCUUGUGAGAAAUUCAAGAACUUGGAAACAAAACGUGGCCUUAUGACAGUAGGCGAUAACCUUUCACUUACGGACGAUAAUUCUGAUCAUAAUGAUGAAGAUACAAAAGUGCAUGACCUUUUUUGUCCUGCUGUUCCAUCACCUAGCACUCUUAAAAAACCUCUCAGGCCGUUAGCAGGCCUUGGUGUUACAAAGGAAGGAGAGGUGCUAUCAGCAAUUGCGAAAAAGGACAAUGGGAUUGAUACUGAAAGUGCUCCACGAGAGCAAACAGUUAAUGACAACUUGACUUCUGCUGAUAGAGCAUACAAAAAUAAUGGAGAUGUUAUGGUAUUAGGAUUAGAAGAAGAGGAAGAUAGAGAAUCACCUUGGGAUUCUGAGACUAAUUCUGAGAGUCUUCCAAAGAAAUAUAUUAAUCAUUUAUCUGGAACUGCGGAUCAGAAAGGGUCAAGUAUAUUAAAUGAAGAAGUAGAAGAUGUGUUUUAUAUACCUUCUUGCAUGAGUGGAUCAAGAAACUUUAAGAUGGCUAAAGUAGAGGAUACAGGAAAUGUAGGCAUACCAGUAGCCCACAUGGAUUCUCCUGAGAAAUAUCCGUACUCGAAGCCUACCAUUGAAGUGAAAGAGUUUGUUCCUAAUACAACAGUAGAGCUGGAAAAACAGACAUUCAAAUCAGAUUCUCUUGAAAAAUAUCCUUACUCGAAGCUUACCGUUGAAGUGAAGGAUUCUUUUCCUAAUAAAACAGUAGAAAUUAAGAAAAAACAAGCAUCCACAUCAGAUUUGUCCAGUUGGGAGUCCACUGGUUUGACCCAGAAUAAUGAGACUUGUCAAAGAUACAGGGAUUUGAAGGUUGAUGAUAGGUGCCCAUCUAUAUCACAAUCGAUGACCAAAAUUCAGUCAGCACCUACAGAAUUUGGACAGACAACCUUAAUAGAUAAAGAAAAGAUUAAUAAUAUUGGAGCUGUGCUUCUGUUAGAGAAUUAUAAACUCCACGACCUGUGUGAAUCACAGCCACCAGAAACCAGAGAGUGCAAAGAAGGUAAUAAAGAAGCAGAUAAAGUUAUUUUACAAACAUGUAUCCUGGCAGAAAAGACAUCUGAAAAUCAGAUCCAUCAAAGUAACAUUCCACUUUUGCAUCUACAAAAAAUGGCUCGAGAACCAGAAAUGAAUAAGAAAUGUGAUAGAGAGGAUGAUCUAUCUGUAUAUUCAGAACAUCCUUCUGUGCAACAGUAUGAGAAAAUGUGGAACUGAAAAGGCAAAUUAGAGUGGAAAACUAAUUUAAAACUCAUCACCAGUAAGUUAAAGUGGAAAUUUGGUGCAAUUUGUGAAAAAGACAAAAUUACUACUUACCCUAAAGAAGAAUCACUACGUGGUAACUUUAAAGAAGGAGCAAACUUAAAGGAAAUACCUUCUCAUUUAACAAAUGAUAGACUUGAUUUUGAGAAAAAAGAUGCAUUUGCAGUGCCUGUCCCUGUAGUAUUUCAGGCAUUUCCUGAACAAAAAGGGCCUAGUCGCAAAAAUGUCAUUCUUUCUCGUCCAAACUCUGGGUCCUCGGCAUAUGCUUGCCAGUCAUCUUCUAAUAUUUCAUCCAAUGGAAGUAAAUCAGACUGUGAAAAUGGUAAACCAGACAUUGAGCACAUUUUUAAGAAAAAUGAGAGUUUUAAUAGUGAUGCAGAAAAUAAAAAUGUAAGGAACCCACUCAUUGCGUUUGAAGUGAAAGAGGACCAAGAUUUUGAUAUGCAAAUGUCAGAAAGCAUGAACCAAAAUAGCACUAAUUGUAAAUUAGACAUUGGAUGUAUACCUCCGUCUAGUGAUCUAAGAAGUCUUUUUGAUUUUUGGCUUGAGUGCUCCCGUGAAAUAAGACAAAUGCUUCAAAUGAAAAGGCACAAUAUUUCUGCUAUUACAAACACUUACAAGAAAACAAAAGACUCGUUUCAGAAGCCACUAAAUGCAGAUAACGACAGUACUAAUAACUAUAGAAGCAUGGAACCUGAAUUAGAACAUGUGAGUUCUUCUCCAUCAUGUAGUUACAGAACAUCAGAAGUAUAUCUAAGUGAAGGAUUAUAGCAAGAUAUACUAACGUGUAUGAAUGAGAUGGGCCUGUUACAGGUAGAAUUCCUGUCGUUGGAAAAUGAGAACGUUCAACUUAAAAAGAUAGUAACAGUUAUCCUUAGUAUCAAACUUCCUUUAAAGAUGGAUGAAGAAAGGAAGAGGCACGAAAGUGAUAAAUUGGCAGUAUCAGAAAGCAUAUCUGCCGCUGCUGCUACUGGACUAAUUCAAAAAAGAGCGAGUGGAAAAACUGAUAACCACCUAUGUCCUAUUAUGGAAGAUGAAGAUUCUGAUGGUAUAAAGGAAGCAAGGAAAGGUAAAAAUGAAAAAUGGACAUCAAAAGAAACUCUGAUUACACCACCCUUUGAGAAGGUUGACUCCCCAACUUAUUGUCCACUACAAGUGAAUGAUGACAGCCCUUUACGUGAAAUGGAUCAGGAUGAAGGAAGACCUGCAAAGAAAACAUCUAAGGAAAAGAAAGAGGUCAAAAAGCAAAUUAAUUUUAUGGAUGACCUUGAUGACUUAACUCUGUCAUCUGGAACAGCUUCAGAGGAUUGCAAGUUGCCUUGCUUUAAUUUUAGGAGUUGCAUGUUGCUAAUUGAACAACUUGGCAUGGAUUGUAAAGAUUCUGUUAAUUUAUUAAAAAUCCAGGAUGCGGUUCUUUCGUAUGAAAGAUUAAUAGAACUUAAAAACACUCACUGUGAACAACUUAUAAAAAAAAAUAAAAAAAUGGAAAGUAGGGUUAACAGACUACAAAAGGAGCUAUCAGAAACAAAAGAAAUUAAAUCGCAGUUGGAGCAGCAAAAAGUGGAAUGGGAACAAGAACUCUGCAGUUUGAGAUUUUCCUUAAAACAAGAAAAAGAAAAAAGAAGAAAUACUGAUAUGUUAUAUGAAAAAACUAGGGAGCAAUUAAAAAGAAAAGAAGAGCAGUAUAAUAAAGAAGUCGAACUGAAACAACAACUAGAAGUUACUCUUAGAACACGGGAUGAGGAAUUGAGGACUGUAAGAAAUAAUUUGAAUCAGGUUGUAGAAGAACAAAACGACACCAAGAAACAACUUUCUGAAGAACAGAAUGCCAGAAUAUUACAAGAUGGAAUUCUAAACAAUCACCUUUGCAAACAAAAGGAGCUAGAAAAGGCCAAUAAGAAAAUGCAUUCUGGGGUUUUUAAUAGUCAUGAAAAAGAAAAAGGUCUGUUGCAUAAAAACCACAGGUGUCAGGAAGAAAUUGCCAUGCUAAGACUGGAAAUAGACACAAUAAACAAUCAAAACCGGGAAAAGGAAAAGAAGUACUGUGAAGACAUUGCAAUUAUAAAAGAGAAAAAUGCCAGCCUUCAAAACACCAUAAAACUGAAUGAGGAAACAUUAACAAAAACAAUAUUCCAGUAUAGUGGACAGAUUAAUGCUUUGACCACUGAGAAUACAAUGCUAAAGUCAAAAUCGGAGGGCGAGAAGCAAAACAAGGAAAGACUGGAUGCAAAAGUUGAAUCAUACCGAGCUAGACUAGCUAGUGCUGUACAGGAUCGUGAUCAAAUUCAGACAGCAAAGAGAGACCUAGAACUUACUUUCCAGAGAGCAAAAGAUGAAUGGGUUCGUGUGCAGGAGAAAUUGAAUUUCGAUGUGUCUAACCUAAAAGAUAACAAUGAGCUGCUUUCUCAGAAUCUUUCGAAAACUGAAGGUCAACUCAAUACUUUAGAAAUUGAGCUCCAUCACACAAGAGAUGCCCUCAGAGAAAAGACUUUGGUUUUAGAACGUGUACAGGGAGAACUAAGUCACACACAGUGUCAGAAAAAGGAAAUUGAACACAUGUAUCGAAAUGAACAAGAUAAAGUGAAUAAAUACAUUGGAAAGCAGGAGUCCUUAGAAGAGAGAUUAUCUCAACUACAAAGUGAAAAUACGUUGCUUCAACAGCAACUAGAUGAUGCUUACAACAAAGCUGCUAGUAAAGAAAAGAUAGUAAUUAAUAUCCAAGACCAGUUUCAGGAUAUUCUAGAAAAACUUCAAGCUGAAAGUGAAAAACAAGGUCUUAUGUUGGAAGAAAGAAAUAAAGAGUUAAUGAAUGAAUGUAAUCUUUUAAAAGAAAGAAUUUAUCAGUAUGAAAAGGAGAAAGUAGAAAGAGAAGUAGCUAUGAGACAGCUUCAACUAGAACUGGCUGAUACCCUAAAAAAACAGUCUAUGUCAGAGGCGUCCCUAGAGGUUACAUCACGUUGUCGUAUUAAUUUAGAAGAUGAGGCACAGGAUUUAAAGAAGAAAUUAAGUCAAAUCAGAAGUCAGUUGCAAGAAGCACAAGAUCGACAUGCAGAGGCUGUAAGAUGUAUUGAGAAGUCAAAAGAUCACGUGCAAAAGCUUGAAGGUGAAAAUGCCGAGUUAAAAGUUAGAGUCAAAAAGCAAGCAGGCAGAAUUGAAGAGCUUCAGGAAAACCUGUUAAGUACAAGUUCGUCUGACGAUGAAAGGGAACAGAUGAAGAAAUUUAUUGAGUUAAAACAAUCUCUGGAAUGUUGUUUAGAUCAAGAAAUGAAGAAAAAUGGUGAAUUAGAAAAAGAAAUUACCAGACUUAAGAAACUUUUACGAAUGACAAGAAGCGAGGUAAGUGAAUAUGAAAAUGGAGAGCUUAGUUUCCACGGAGAUUUAAAAAACGAUCAAACUGAAAUGGAUACUCAGAUUAAUAUGCUAAAACAUAAGGUUGAUGAUCUUAGAGCAAAACUAGAAACUGCAUCUUCAAAAUGUCUACAACUGGAUGAAAAAAACCAGGUUCUCUCUCAGGAGUUAUUAUCUAUGAAGGAAAUACAGAAAAAAUGUGAAAAACUAGAGAAGAAUAAAAAGAAGUUGGAACAACAAGUAGCAAACCUGAAGAGUCAUGUAGAAGCCAAUAUGGCAGAAUACAGUAGAAUAGAACAAUAUAAACAGGAACUGGAUGAAAGGGCGAGGCUGGAUAUGGCAGAAAAAUUAAGAGAAGUCAAUCUGUUCUUACAGGCACAAGUAGCAUCUCAAGAAAGCUUAGGAAUGUUAAGAGACAAUAAUAAUGCUUCAAUAAUUAGUCAAAUGGAACUCAGAAUGAAAGAUCUGGAAUUUGAACUAUCCAAAAUGAAAAGUUCUCAAGAAGAUUCUAAUAAAACAGAAUUGGAAAAAUAUAAGCAGCUCUACCUAGAAGAAGUAAAAGUUCGAACAUCAUUGACAAAUGAACUGAACAGGACUAAUGAGAGGCUGGCAGAGAUCAGAACAAAACUUCUAAUGGAAAAACAGCAGAAAAGGAACUUGUUUCACACUGUUACUAUGAAUCCUAUCUUGGAACUGCCUUACGUCGGAAAUAUCAAUAAUAGUUUAGCUCUCAGUAGACAUGUUGGUCCAAGAGAAAAUGUAAUGAUUCAUACCUCAAGCUCAUGGCCUUCAAAUAAUGGCAUCGAGACUUACUUAUUGAAGGUGCAGCAGGAGUUUGAAAAAAAUAUAUCUAGAGAACUAGAAGCAGCUGCUGCUGAAUUUGAAUCAGACUCAUCCUAUUAUACCUCCUCUUUCUUCUGAAUCACAUCUAAAUCAAGUUCUAUGGAAAACAUCACAAGACUUUUUACAGAAUUUGAGGAGCCAUUAUAGGAUCUGAAAGAUAAAUAAUAAAAAUGUAUUUAUUGGAUGUUUAUAUAACAUUAUACUUGUAUCCUAUUAAACAUAUGCUGUGUGAAAAUCUUUAUUAAAGGAAAAUAUUUCUGAA